AUGUCUUCCUACAAACCCAUUGAUUCAAAAAGAGAAGAAUUUCGUCGCUAUUUAGAACGAGCCGGUGUGAUGGAUGCACUUACAAAGGUGCUAGUCAGUCUUUAUGAAGAACCAGACAAACCAGAAGAUGCUCUAGAAUAUGUCCGAAAACAUCUAGGCACAGAUGGUGGUGAUGAUGAGUUAGAAGCUGCCCGAGCUCGAAUUGCUGAACUUGAAGCAGAAAAUGCUCUCCUCAAAGGAGAAACAGCCCCAACGGAAGGA